AUGCUAUUUGUGUUCCAGAACAACAUCAACACUGUCAUUGUCAAUCUCAACCUCCGCUCACUUUCUGAGGCUCUACCAUUCUGUCUUUAUAUCUUCUGUUCGUAUACUUACACCAACAAUAUAAUCGGCAGAUUUGACCCAACUAUACAUCUGGGCCCGCCUACGAACAAACAAGCAGAAUAUCGCUACAACAAGAUGGUAAUUGGCCUACUAGCAAUAACGGCAAUUCCCACGGUGACAGGCAUUGCGCUCGGGUGUAGCGAACAGCGCAAGCAGAACGCACGGCAAGACGAUGAAAAGCGCAUGGCGAAGUUCUAUACGGAUGUGGUAUGUACGGAAGAUGUCGAGGAGGCAGAUGAGCUAGAUGAGAAGAGGGUUGUAUUGCGGAACAACAAGGUGUACAUCGACGACCCCAAUCCGGCUAAACGCAAAGUCGAGUCCCAUACAGGGCAAGCAUUUUAUAUUGAUUACCCGGAGCCCGACCACAUGAAGGACCUCAAACGCGGACUGGGCCUCGUAUCUACGAUACAGGAUAACCCACCAAUGCUGAAUUGGAUAUACUGCGACAAAGAGACGCAUGAGCUCAAAUACGGGAAUCGGACGCAGAGCUGCGAGCAUGUUCCUGCGCCAUGGGACUGGACGGAUAAUGAGAUGACAAUUAUCUUGGAGCGGAACUGGGGGUUUUAUGCGGUCAAAGAGAAGGAUGCGGAGGGGCGGUGGAGUUGGGCUGUUUAUUUAGAUAGGGAUGGGGAUGAUUUACAGCGAGUUCUGGGGGAUGAUGUAGUUGCUGUGCCGGUUAAGUUGAAGAGGACAUUGGUUGGAACGGUUCCGGCUGACAGUAAUCAGACGGGAGGGUCAUAGAGUGCAGGGUGAAAUCUAAAGAGUGAUAGAAAUAUCCAUUUGCUGGGUUUGGGAAUCU